UUUUUUUUUUCACUUUCAAUCCUCAGUGAUUUGAAAAUUUCUGAGAAUUCCUCCGAAUUUUAAUUUCUUCUACAUUUCAACUCCUUGGUUCGAGAAAUUGGCGAAGCUCAUACAGAUGACCAUGUCAGUAUCGACGUUUUCGAGCCGCGCGCCUAUCUCCGAUAUCACUGAGCCACUAGCAUCAUUCUCCGCCACAAUUGGCUGGAAGCAAGCGUACGCCAAUUCGUUGAGAUUUCGCAGGAAGAAGAAGCCUAGGGUACUCUCUUGCGAUUAUUCUUGCCUCGAGGUUAGGGAUAUCUGCUACCGUCCUCCUGGAACUGAGUUGAAUAUUUUGAAUGGAGUUAACUUUUCUCUCCGUGAGAAAAGUUUUGGCUUGAUUUUUGGGAAGAGUGGGAGCGGUAAAACUACCCUUUUACAGCUUCUUGCUGGGUUAAAUAAACCAACAUCAGGUUCCAUUUGUAUCCAAAGAUAUGGGGAUGAUGGCCAGCCAAAGGCGGAUCCUGAGUUGUUGCCCACUGGAAAAGUGGGCAUCGUUUUCCAGUUUCCAGAGAGGUUCUUUGUUGCUGAUAAUGUGCUUGAUGAAAUUACUUUUGGUUGGCCAAGGCAAAAGGGUAGUUUGCAGUUGAAGGAGCAUCUGACCUCGAACCUCCAGAGAGCAUUUAAUUGGGUUGGAUUAGACAGCAUCCCACUUGAUAAAGACCCCCAGUUACUAAGUGGAGGCUACAAGCGUCGGCUUGCAUUAGCUAUUCAAUUGGUGCAAACUCCAGAUUUAUUGAUCCUGGAUGAACCUCUCGCUGGUCUUGACUGGAAAGCACGUGCAGAUGUUGCAAAGCUCUUGAAGCACCUAAAGAAGGAACUGACUUUACUUGUUGUAAGUCAUGACCUCAGAGAGUUAGCAUCCUUAGUCGACCAGUCAUGGAGAAUGGAAACAGGCGGUAUUCUUCUUGCAGAACGUCCACCAGUUUAGUUCAAUAUAUAUUCACUAUUGCGGAAGGUCCAUACCAGAUUUGGCUCGGGCGCUUUUGAUAUUUGUUGGUUUACCCAGGCAUAUGUUUAUUGUUGCGUCCUUUAUGGUGGAUUGCCUAUGUAAGUUUUGUAUAUGAAACAACAUGCAGUGUCUCCCUUAUGAGAUUAAAACAUGUAAUAUGAUUUGAAU